CGAGAGGAACGAUAGGGUGGGUGGAGGAGGCCUGACGGCCCGAGUUCCAGGGCCCCCGGGAAGCCGGCGCACCAUCGGAGGCUCGAGUACCCCAGCUGGAAGCCAGGGUUCCCACGCUUCCGCAAAAAGCUCUGCGUGAGAGCGUGAACCACUUUCCCUUCGAGAAAGUAGUGGAAAAAGACGCCAGGAGCGUGCUAGACUCAGGAAGCAAGGAGCCCAACCCCGGGGGCCAAAGCCUCAGGGAGAGGGAGGGAGGGAGGAGGGGGAAGGAGCCAUUCGCGGCUCCAGCCGCGGGAAGAACCCGGGGCUGGAAGCAUCGCGAGAUCUGAGGUCGUGAUCUCGCUGCGUUGCCUAGCGACGGGGAGGACGCUCACGGGCCCCCAAGCUAACCCCCGCUGUAGCCUUAAAUCUCCUACCAUGGGGGAAGAAGGCGGCGGCCGCAGCUGUGGGACCACUAGGGAGCUGCAGAAGCUGAAGCAGCAGGCGUUGGAGUACUACCGGGAGAACGACGUUCCGCGCAGGCUGGAAGAGCUGCUCAACUCCACCUUCUACCUCCAGCCUGCCGACGUCUACGGGCACCUGGCAAACUGCUUUUCUAAACUUGCAAAGCCUCCCACCAUAUACAAAGUAGUGGGGAAAAAUGUACUGGAUGGCCUGGGGCUUCCAACCUUACAAGUGGAAAUAUUCUGCACCAUUCAAAAUUUUCCCAAGAGCAUAUGUUCUGUGGUGAUCUCAAGUCACUUCGAAGUCCACGAGAACGCUUUACCUGAACUGGUAGAAGCGGAGGAAGUAGAAAGAGCGGAUGCCGUCAGCACCGCGGUGCGAUGGGUCAAUGAAACCAUCACCGAGGAGCUUCGGGGCAUCGAGCCCUCCAACCAGGCUGGUGUGGAUCAGGUGCUCAGGAUAUUCUUUGAAAAUAAAGUACAAGAAGAUAAGGAGAGAAAAGAAUUGGAGAAGAGUCUGGAAGACUCAACAGUGCCUGUACCUUCACCUCUAACACAACCACCCCCACCUCCUCUACCUCCAGACAAAAAAAAAGGACAAAAGCAAGGGAGGAGGGAUACUUUCACAGAAAAACCAAUUUUACCUCCAGAACCUGAUGAACACGUACUCUGUGGCAGCAUGGCCAUAGGGGCUGUGUCACUGGCUGUUGCCAAAACCGGUGCCAUGCUGGACGGUAAUCCCCUAUACCUCAAUAUUGCACUACUGAAGCACCACCAGGUACGCAUCCAUUACACUCCCUUACAGGGACCCGUGAGUGUCUCCAGGCCAUGUUUCCCAGGUCCCUUUGCUUUCCGCCUCUUUCAGGAACAGCCAGCAAAGCUAACUCUACCUCUGCUGAUGGUCUCUCUGGUCAGCUGUGGGAAGGCAUCACCUGGGAAGCUGAAUCUGAUGAAAGAACUGAUUUGUAUACCCCACCCUGGAUUAACGGCCAAACAAGGUGUGGAGAUGCUUCUGGAAAUUCAGAAACAUAUUACCAAAACAAUUGAGAUGCCCCCUCCUCCAAAAACAGAGACAAAGAGAGGUCAUAACGGAGGCAAGAGAGGUCAACAGCAGAUCAUUGGCAAGAUGUCCCAUCUGGGCUGCUUAACCAUUAAUUAUGACACCAUAGAGCAGCCACUGCUUCUAAUACAAGGAGUCUGUGCAAACCUGGGGCUAGAACUGGGAAGGAAUCUGCAUCUAGCCAUCAACUGUGCUGCACACGAGCUGAUGGACUAUAGUAAAGGAAAGUAUGAAGUAAUGAUGGGAACCUACAAAAAUGCAGCUGAGAUGGUUGACCUGUAUGUGGAUCUGAUCAAUAAGUUCCCCUCAAUUAUUGCCUUGAUUGAUCCUUUCAGGAAGGAGGACUCUGAACCGUGGGACAGCAUCUAUGAUGCUCUCGGUGCCAGGUGUUACCUAAUUGCAGGAACUGCAUCCAAAAGCAUUUCUAAACUUCUAGAGGAUGGGAACAUCGGCGUCCUCAAAUACAGUGGGCUGAUCAUAAAACAUACAAAUCAAACUACGAUGUCUGACUUGGUGGAAAUAACAAAUCUUAUGGACAGUAAGAAGCACAUCGCUGUCUUUGGAAGUACAGAAGGAGAGUCAUCUGAUGACAGCCUUGUCGAUUUGGCUGUUGGACUUGGUGUCCGGUUUAUCAAAUUGGGAGGUCUUUCUCGUGGUGAACGGGUGACUAAGUACAACCGCCUCUUGACUAUAGAGGAAGAACUUGUCCAGAAUGGAACACUGGGUUUCACUGAAGAACACACAUUUUUCUACUUGAAUGAGGAAGCUGAAAAGGCUGCUGUGGCCGGUGAGCUGCCUGAGCCCCUGGAGCUCAUCUUCCCCACAGAAGUUUUGGAGGAAUCAACCAGAACAUGAGUAUCUUCUGGACAGGUCUGCAUACCCCAGCUGUCAGCCAUACCACUGGUAUUACUAGACUGGUAGACCUGAAGGAUGUCUUCAUUUUGGUUUUGCUCUAAACUUCACUAAUGUGUGCUUUUUCUUCUAAUUUCACUGUUUGGUGAAAUACAGAGACAGUAUUUUGCCUGAAAUGAUACCUUGAACCUUGUCUUCCAGCCCUCACAUGUCUAUGGGGAUUUUGUUUAAUAUACUAGCUCUUGUCCAUUCUGGAGAGUUGUGACCUAGUAAAAGCUCAGUAGUUUCAUUGCCAACACCACAUUUAAAUUCAAACACCUUCUUUACAAAUCAGAACAUCUCUAAAACAAAAAUCUUUUAUCCUAGGAGCUCUCUGCUAGGAAGAAGUGUACACCUUCUGUUUUUAUCUUACGUACUAGAAAAGUACAAACACAUUUUUGUAGCUAACCUUGCGCAGAAGUACGGGAGGUUCAUGGAUGUUUGUAAGAACCAAACAGCUUCCCUCACAUUUUUCUACCCUUAAUUCCCUUUUCCCUCAUUCUCACCUUUUUCUAAAUUUUAGUUUUUCUCUUAUUAUUUGUAUCCUGUGGGUCUCCUUAGAUCCAUUUGGGAACAAGAAUGAAUACAUCAAUGAAUGAAUAAAUAUUCUUAAGGAAAUUAAAUGCCCAAUUAUUUUUUACAACAGCAUGCAAUGGGUGAUUAAAAAUGAUGCAACAUAGGGACUGACUGCAAUCUCUUUUGAAAGCCAGUAUUGGGGUUAGAGCAGAGGACUACAGACAUACACAUAUUCAAACACAUACCUAGGGACAGAGUAACAUCAGUUGCUUUUCAUGAUUGAUUUAGAUUUCCUGUUAAAAGCUACUGUUUGCUUUUCCCCUCAGUUAUAUAAAUUGCUACUUAUGGACCUGUGGGAGAGAUGGCUAAGUUUAGAUUUCUGAUAUAUUCUAUACGUUUUUACUAAGCACACCGAGGCCCUCUCCUUUUGAAGACUACUGACAGGGGAACUUAAUGGCCUUAUGGCAGAGCCAAGGUCUUACUCUAAAAGCAGUGGCAGAGUCUCUCAGAGCACAGGGCGGGAGAACUGGCUGGUAUCACUCUAAGUUGGGAGAACCGUGUCACAGUUUGUGGUUGCUUCUGCCUCUCCGGAUGCUUAACAGUAAAAAAUGGGUUAUGAGAAACUGGAAGAAAAAUUCAUUUUAAAGGCAGGAAGAACAUGACUGAGUGUUCACAUCACCUCUGCACAUGUGUACACACACACACACACACACACACACACACACACACACACACGACCUGUAACAGAUCGCAUGACAGUAUGCCCUGGAACUGUGAUACAAAUUAUACUUAAAUGAAUGAAACCAGUGUGAAAAUGUGCAACUAUGUUAAUAAUUUAACAACUAACCAAGGAGAUGAUUUAUUACCUCAACCAAGUGAACACUUUAAUUUCAACACUGAGCACAGCCUAUUCACUUUUUUCUCACUCCAGGACUGGGGUCACCAAUGGACAUGUUGCAUUUUAAGUUUCUGCAACUGAUAAGCACUGUUUCUAUUUAUAUGUAUAUAUAUUUUUCUCUUUCUCCAUAUUUCUU